AUGGGAAGAAGCGAUGACUCGAUAAGCAGACGGCGGAGCAAGAAGAUCAAGAGAAAGCACGAAAACAAAGUGGAUCCUUCUUCGAAAGUAUCAGCUCGGGUUGCUGCCAUUAUCGCCGCCAAGAAGCGCCGCCAUACCGGCAAACGCCGCAUGUGUCAGGGUAUGUGCUUCAGUCUUCCAACACCUGAGGAUCCCUUCAACGAUAAACAGGGUAAAACCGAGCCGCCGCGGAAAAGGAAGAGAAGUUCCAAAGAAAAUAAGAAGCGCGAGGACAAGAAUCCUAGGUUAAACAAAGGAUCUCUCGACAAAUUGGGGGCUUACAAUGCAGAAAAUGGAAACCCAUCAUUGGUUUUGUCUAGUGCUAUUAUGGGGCAAAAGAUUGCAAUUAACGUAGGGCAACCGACAUGCAAGAUUAUCAGUUGGGAUAAAUCCAAGAAUACUUGGAAAGCAGUUGAUUCUGUUAGAGAUACAAAGAGCCCGUCGAAAUUUUUGAUUAUGUGCUUGAACACGAUACAAAAUGCCUUGGAGAAGGGUGAAAGGGACCAACCACUUUUUGCCAGUGCUUGGGGAAUUGAGUUCUGGAACUGUUAUUGUGCUGGGAAAGAUGUAUUGGAGACCAAUGGAGCUGGUUCUAAUCUCGAGCAAAUUGCUUGGUUAGCAUCAACCGCUGCUGAUACGAUUUCAGUGAAGGAGAAAGAGGGUGCAUCAUUUACUGGCCCGUUUCUUUUGUAUUUGGUGCCAUCUCAAGAAAAAGCUGCCGAGGUUCGCCAAAUAUGCAAGCUGCUUAAAGCACAUGGAAUUCAUACAGUGAGCUUGCAUUCUGGUGCUACCAUAGAUCAUCAAAUUAAUGGUCUGAAGUCUUGUGAACCAGAGUUUGUUGUCUCCACCCCUGAGAGACUUUUGGAGCUUCUCUCCUUGAGGGCUAUUGAUAUAUCUGGAGUUUCCUUGCUGGUUAUUGAUGGACCAGAAGGCACUUUUAAAGGGGCUUACUUUGAUGCAGUCAAGUCUAUAAGGCAAUUUAUUUCUGAAAAUCUUCAAACUGUUGUUUUCUAUGAUGGCGCUAACAGUUCAUCGAUCUCUUCCCUACGAAGGCUGUUGGGAGGAACAAAUCUGCAUAAAAUCCAACCGUAUCUCCAGAGAUAG